CCCCCUCAGAAUGUGAGCGCAUUGAAAAUGGAGAUCAUUUCCUUGUGGAGGUCGUUAGUGCUUAGCCCAGUGAGGGCACCCGGUACAGUACUGCACACUGGGAACGUUAAGAUGAGUCCGUGAAACUCGGCCUGAACGUGUAGAUGUAGUGAGACAAGCCUGUUCACUAGCCACAAGGCUGCCCCAAAUACAGAGGUUUGGAGGCCGUCAUAAUAACGACAAAAAUGGGGGGGGGGGGGGGCGGGGCGGGGGAGCCGGAGCUCGCUGGCCUCCGCCGGCGGUUUCUUCCACAGCUCUCCCAGGCUCUUAGAGGCAGGUGCAUCCUGGGAGCCGAGGUCCCAGCGUUAGCCGUUAAAAGAACAAACACCGAAGCUGACCGACCUUGGCUUGUAAAGGGUGAUAAGGAAGGCUUUCCUCUUAGCCUGGGGUCUCCGCCUGGCUUUAGCAACUCGGGGUGACGUUUAUGCCUCCCGAAGGCUUGAACGUCUCUUAUCGGGAACAAGCUCAACCCACUCUACCCUGGCCCGGUGAAGCCGAGAAGCGUCACGUGGGCCUCAAGAAUGAGCCCGGAAGCCCGCGGGAGGGAGUUCCCAGAAGAGAAGAUUGAGUGGCACCCAUGAAAACUCUUUCACUAACUCUACCGGGUUAAGCACACGGUUAUAACACAUUGUUCUACGUGGGCAAGUGGGGCGAUUUGGGGCUUCUCCGAAAGCAAAGGAAAGCCAGCGAACGGCAUCCGGGGAAGCCACGGCCACUCUUCCGAGGCCCGCCGAGCGAUUUUGGUGGCUCCCUUCCUAUCUCUGCCGACCUUUUCCUGCUACCUCCAGCUCGGCGCUCCUUAUCGCUACUGAGGGGUGUGUCGAGGGGGAGGAGCUCCCUUCCUGUCAGCUCCACCUAGGAAGGAACUGCAGUCUAGGGACACAUCCGGGCUGUCUCUGGAUAAGUGACAGCUCCCGUCCCCUGUAGCAACUGCCGCACCUGCAGCAGCAGCAGCAGCAGCAGCAGCAGCAGCUCCAGCUCCAGCCAGAGGAAGUCCUGGGGCCGCUCACCGGACCUAGAAGAUGGGAUUGGGGGUUUCUAAUUACAUGAAGGGGCCACUCCUUCUUUUUGCCUCUAUAUGUGCUUGGUACUCUGGAUACCUGCUUGCAGAGUUUAUACCUGAUGAAUCCCUGAUUAAUGCCAUCCGUACCAUGCAGAACAUUGGAAAGAAACCUGUCAUCAGAGCUCCACUCCCCAAAAGACAAAAAUGUGGCCAUUGGACUUCAUGCCCACCUAACAGCUAUGCCUAUCAGUUGCUAAGUGGUGGUGGUCCCAACAAUUAUGCCAAAAUUUGCUUUGAGGAUGAGCUACUCAUAAGUGAAGAAAAGGGUAAUGUUGCAAGAGGUAUCAACAUUGCCAUUGUGAAUUAUAAAACUGGGAAACUCAUAGACACAAAAUAUUUUGACAUGUACGGAGGAGAUAAUUCUGGACCUUUGACCCAGUUCAUCAAAAAUGUCCCGCAGGAGUCUCUGGUCUUUAUGGUGACACAUGACGAUGGGAGCAGCAGAUUAAAGAAUGAUGCCAAAAAUGCCAUUGAAGGUUUGGGCAGUAAAGAAAUUAAAAAUAUAAAAUUCAGAUCAAGUUGGGUAUUUCUUGGAGGAAAAGGCGUUGAUUUCCCUGAAAAUAUUCAAAGAGAAAAGAUCAACCAUUCUGAUAACACCAAAAACAGAUAUCCGGGUUGGCCAGCAGAAAUACAAAUAGAAGGAUGUAUACCCUAUGUUAUGUAGGCUACCACCGAGUCUUCUUAAUAAAUAAACUUUCCUAGUUACAUAUUUAAGGAAAUUAUUUUCUCAAAUACUUUAAUUUUCUAAAAAAAUUUUAGAAUGUAAGCCUCUUCAGGGCAAGGACUUUAUAUCCCCAGUAUGAUAACUAAUGUUGAGUAAAUGUUUGUGAAUUGAAUUAAAAUGAAUAAAGCACCAUUCUAAAACAAUCAA